CCUGGACUUCAGAGUGGGGGAGCAGGCGGCUCCCUGCGCAGGGCGCAGCGCUCCGGCUCCUGGGUGUGCAGGGCUCGCGGUCGCCCCCAUCUCUCCAGCUUCCUCCACUUCCCCUUCCCCCACGCACUCACACGCGAGUCAUCCCCUUCCCGCUCCCCCGCCACCACCACCCUCUCCCCCUCGCCUUGCCUCCUCGCAACCCGGCUCCGGCAGUCACCUGGUGACCCGGACCCUGCGCCCCUCCGCUGCGCUCGGGCUGGGGCCCCGAAACCGUCCAGCCAGGCUGGCUAUUGACGAUUAGCGUUAUUUAUAGCGAGAGGUGGCGAGGGGGAGGGGUAAGGGUGGGGGAGGAGGAGUCGGGGAGAGAGGCAGGCUAGCGAGCUCUCUGCCCGCCCGCCCGCCUGCCCCAGCUCUUCCCGGGCCGGGCUGGGCUGGGCUGGGCUGGGCCGUGGGCUCUCCCGACUCCCGCUGUCCAUCAUCAGUCUGUCUCCGGCGCUGACUAGAGGCAUCGAGGGCUACGGAGCACCCGGCAGGAAGGCUAGAAGGAAAGCAGGCACGUGGGCCCCCAGCCCCGGGGCGAUGGAGGGGGUCCACGCCCGCACCCGCGCCCCAAAGGUGGGGGACAAGGAUGCCCAGAUCUGACCUGCAAGAGCCCGAUCCAGGAGGGGCGAAGAGGGCACUGUAGCAGCCGCGGCGGCAGCAGCACCGGGAGGCUCUCCAGCCGACCCUGGCAACAUCUCCAGAGCAACAAGAAAAUAGAGUUAAAAGACAGGCAAACGGAGGCCGAGCCCAAACUGUGCAGCUCUUCACCUUUGGCCCGAAGGAAGGCAAAUCAUUAUGCCGAAGAGGAAGGGGUCCCUGAGAGAUCGGGCCAAGCCGAGGAGAAGGGACGUGUCUUCUCGUUAAAGGGAAUGUGCCACCAUUCCUUCUGUGGGCAGGGGAGCACCAUGAGAGGCGGGGAAGAAACAGUCCGUCUGUGGCUGCCCGUCUGCAGGUCUUCACCCCCCUGCUGGGAGUGAGCUGGUUGGUACAGACCUGUUGGCCCAUCGGGUAUUGGAGAGUUCUGUUCUUUUUUUCCACAAGGUGCACCUGGCACACGCGGACUCAAAGACGCUGCAGCUCCCCACGCAGAGGCACCGAGGAGCGGGCGAGCCAGAGAGGGAGAGGCAGAGCCAGAUCCCGUCUCAGCUUCCCCGCCCUUUCGGCCGGCUCCCCGCUGCUAUACCAUGGGAUGUCGGCAAAGCUCGGAGGACAAAGAGGCAGCCCGGCGGUCCAGGAGGAUUGACCGCCACCUGCGCUCAGAGAGCCAGCGCCAACGCCGAGAGAUCAAGCUGCUUCUCCUGGGCACCAGUAACUCGGGCAAGAGCACCAUCGUCAAGCAGAUGAAGAUCAUCCACAGCGGGGGCUUCAACCUGGAGGCCUGCAAGGAGUACAAGCCCCUGAUCGUCUACAACGCCAUCGACUCCCUGACGCGCAUCAUCCGCGCGCUGGCGGCUCUCAAGAUCGAGUUCCACAACCCGGACCGGGCCUACGAUGCCGUGCAGCUCUUCGCCCUGACGGGCCCCGCCGAGAGCCGCGGGGAGAUCACCCCCGAGCUGCUGGGCGUCAUGAAGCGGCUCUGGGCGGACCCAGGGGUGCAGCAGUGCUUCUGCCGCUCCAGCGAGUACCACCUGGAGGACAAUGCGGCCUACUACCUGAACGACCUCGAAAGGAUCGCCGCACUGGACUACAUCCCCACGGUCGAGGACAUUCUGCGCUCCCGGGACAUGACCACUGGCAUUGUGGAGAACAAGUUCACCUUCAAGGAGCUGACGUUCAAAAUGGUGGACGUGGGGGGCCAGAGGUCAGAGCGCAAAAAAUGGAUUCAUUGUUUCGAGGGAGUGACAGCAAUAAUCUUCUGCGUGGAGCUCAGCGGCUAUGACUUGAAGCUCUACGAGGACAACCAGACGAGUCGGAUGGCUGAGAGCCUGCGUCUCUUUGACUCCAUCUGCAACAACAACUGGUUCAUCAGCACCUCUCUCAUCCUCUUCCUGAACAAGAAAGACCUGCUGGCCGAGAAGAUCCGGCGCAUCCCGCUCACCGUCUGCUUCCCCGAGUACAAGGGCCAGAACACCUACGAGGAGGUGGCGGUCUACAUCCAGCGCCAGUUCGAGGACUUGAAUCGCAACAAGGAGACCAAGGAGAUCUACUCGCAUUUCACAUGCGCCACCGACACCAGUAACAUCCAGUUUGUCUUUGAUGCGGUCACGGAUGUCAUUAUCCAGAACAAUCUCAAGUACAUCGGCCUCUGCUAAGAAUGCCUGGGGAUGGAUGCAUCUGUUUGCCUGUGGUGAAACCAAUGGAGACGAGCCCACCGCCACCCCGAGGGGCAGCCCUUGAAGGCCAAAGGAGAAAAUGUGGGGGGCGAGGUGGAGGACACCUCCUGCUAUUCUCCUCCCCCCACAUCUUUUGCAAAAGUACAUAUAUAUAUUCAGAUACAUAGAGCGAUCUAGAUAGGUAGGUAGCUAGCUAGCUAGACAUAUACAUAUAUAAACACAUCUGCAAAGUUCCCCAAAGAGGGCUUUUGGAGGGAUCUGAAGGGUGUUCACCAUAGUCACUGAAUGCUCCAGCCAUCCAUUUCAUCGGGCUUUCUGGAGAGCAGCUCCAUCCUGUGCAGCAGACAAGCGUUCACCCGGCCUUGGGGCCGUCUCACCACCUCAGAGAAGAGGCAUCGUGGGCCCACUUGGUACUCGGUUUCCAGGAGAAAGGCAAAGCAUUCCUCAAGGCCUCUGGGAUAAGACAGGCAAGCAAGCGAGGGCACCCGGGUGAGCAGGGGCUCUGGGGGUACACACAGGCUAGACAUGGCGGCUUCUGCUUUGCCCAGGGCUCAGCCCGGGUGCCCUCCACAACCUUCAGGAGCCAAUGGCAUAGCCCUAGCCUAAGGUUCCCAACCUGACUGGUCACCCUCUUGGAGCUCUUCACAAAAGCUUCAAAAGACGUGCAUCCGAUGAGCCAAGCGGGCCAAAAAAGGGACCAGCAAUCCUUGGAUCAGCCAGGACUUUUCUACAUCCAGAUGUGGGCUUUCUUCUUUGACUUUCUGAAGGAGGGUGGGGAGGGCAAACCUUGUGCUGUUUUACAGAUGAGGGGGAAAAUUACAGAAAAUCCAAAAAAAGCAAAUGAGUGUUCAUUUUAAAAUGUGGACUGCAAAAAGAAAUCGCACGAUAGUUUUUUGGCUUUUGUGUGUGUGUGUAUGUGUGUACGUGUGUGUGCGCGCGCGCGUGUGUUUUUCUCAGAGGAUUGUUUGUGUGUUUGGCUUGCUGAGUAUAAAAACAGCCACUGGAUAGCUUUGGAUCCUCAAAGGAAGUUCUGGGAAACGUGGUCCGACCAUACCAGCCUCCUCGGGCUCCUGACAUUAUGGGUGUAGAAUAUAAGCCCCUACAAAAGUCCAUUUGUUCCUGCCAAGGCUUUUGGUUCUGUUUU